GGAGUCGCCAUUGCAAGACAUGACAGCCGAAAAAGAGAAUAAAACUGAAGAAGAGCAUUCUCUACAUUUUACUGUCAAUCAUGUUCCAGAUCUGGGCAACUUGUUUCUGUUCGGAUUUCAGCAAAUGAUGUUGUGCUUCUCUGGACUACUCAUCAUUCCUUUUCUCCAAUCAAAUCUUGUAUGCGCUGGUGCGUCAACAAUCGAGCUCAGGGUGCGACUCAUAGCGGCUUCGUUCUUCUCCUCUGGGCUUGCAACCCUUUUGCAAACAACCUUUGGACUAAGGUUAUGCAUUCUACAUGGACCGUCGUUUUCAUUUUUACCUCCACUUCUUGCCUUUGCUGCUAUGCCAGAAAAUCAUUGCUCAGCAGAUUUGGAAACUAUUGUUCCAGAAGCAGAAUGGAAAGCAAAGAUUCAAAUGAUUCAAGGCAGUCUACUUACUUCCACGCUCACUUUCCUUCUUCUGGGAAUGACUGGCUUCAUAGGACAAAUUGCUAAACUUGUUGGACCUAUAACUAUCACACCGCUGCUGCUGUGGCUGUGCUUUGGCGUUGUGCCAACUAUGCACGAGAAAAUGUAUCUUCAUUGGAUUUCUAUAGUAACUUUCUGUCUUCUCAUUGCCAUGGGCGUUUUUCUUGAAAACGUCCGCGUACCACUGCCUUAUUUUUCGUUUGCUCAUCGGAAGUGGUAUGUGGGAAGGCCACGAAUAUUCGGGCAAUUUCCUUAUUUGUUAGCAAUCACGACUGCAUGGUUAAUUUGUUAUAUACUGACAGUCACUGGAGCAGAGCCAGAGGGAGGAGAAGCUAGAACGGAUAAAAAUCAUACCGUCGCCGUCAUAGCACAUUCUCCUUGGUUCCAAGUGCCUUACCCAGGACAGUUCGGCUUGCCGCAAAUCUCCGCUGGGCUCACUCUAGGCUUUGUAUCAUCAUGCAUCGCAUGCGCCAUCGAAAGUUUAGGAGACUAUCAAACAUGUGCCAGGGUUUCACACCAGCGACCUCCCCCCUCCUCGUCUGUAAAUCGAGCAGUCAUUUUUGAAGGAGUUGGUGCUAUAAUAGCCGGUUCCUUAGGAAUCGGGACCGGAGUCACCACAUACAGCGAAAACAUUGCGUUAAUGCAUAUAACCAGGGUAGUAAGUCGCUCUACCAUGCAAGUGGCUGGUGUACUGCUCAUACUGGCUGGGCUUUUCACCAAAUGUGCUGCAGUACUGGGUUCGAUACCGGAUGCCGUUAUUGGUGGAAUACUUGCAAUGGGAAUAUCUAUGAUAGCCGGUGUUGCGAUAGGAAAUUUGCAGAACGUUGAUCUACGGCUGACUCGCAAUCUCACAGUUAUGGGCACCGCCGUCCUGAUGGGAGCAGUAAUUCCCUAUCACUUUGACAAGAGCAAAGUUAAUACAGGU